UGACUCAUUUUGCUCAGUAGCGCAGAAAGCACAGGGGAACAGGAAGAGGCUGGGCGACAAUGAUGAUAAGCACCGGUAGGUUUUCACCUUCCUGCAAUUACAAGUCUCUUUCCACCACCGGCCUCUCAUUCUCACCAUACAAAACCCAUUUGGGCUUGCCCUUCUUCCCACACGCAUCUUCAACCUCUUCGCUCCUCACCACUAUUUUCAAAACCAGCUUGUUCCUCUCUCCCAUUCAACAAACCCAACGCACAAUUCUCGGCUUUCACGGCGUCCAUGGCCAGAUAAGUAGAGGUUCCGGAGUCUCUGCGAGAAAAAAGCAGCGAAAAGGCGGCGUUGAGCUCUUAGAAAUGGACGACUCUGAUGAUGAUGAUGAGGAGGAGUUGGACUUGGACUUGGACGGCUCGGAUGAUGAGUUGGGUGGCGACGGUGACGACGAAGAAGAUACGUUUGUGCCGUUUGGGAAGAUGAAGAAGUGGCUGGAGAAGAAGCCCCGUGGGUUUGGCGAAGGCAAAGAGUACGACAUUUCAAUUGAAGAGAAGCUGCUCGAAGAAAUGGAGAAGAGUAGACAAGCGCAGGCUGAGAAUCUCACUAAGCUCUCAGACGACCCUGAAAACCUUAAUUCCAAGCAAGACCAAAGCAAGAACAAGAACAAAGCUCAAGAAGUGGUUCCAGCUGGAGUUAGAGUUCGUGUGCUCAACCUUCCGAAGAAGAAGAACAUACAUAGGGAUUUGAGCGCAGCUUUCAAAUUAGUCCCUGGUUUGCUUAGCAUAAACCCCGCGGUUUCUGGAAACAAGAAAACUAAGGACCCCAUUUGCAAGGGUUUUGCUUUUGUUCAUUUUAAGUCUGAGCAGGAUGCAACUAGGUUUGUAGAAAUGUUCUCUUCUCAGAGUGUUCAAUUUGGUAAAAUUCAGAAACAGAUAAAAUGCGAGUUUGUAGAUUUGCAAGCCCUGAAUUCUGAGCAGGAAAAAUCAAGAGAUAACCAUACUGCUCCUCGACUAGCUGUUUCUGGACUGGGAGGACGUCAGAAAGCUGUUGCUGAAUUGGAUGUUUCUUCCCUGGAUACAUGGGAGGAGACCAUACCUGAUGAAUAUGACGGCUCUGAUGUGGAACUUGUUGGACCAGAACUGGUUGAUGCCAUAGAUAAUAUGCAGAGAGCUGAUUCUGACUUUGAUGAUUCUUCCCUGGACACAUGGGAGGAGACCAUACUUGAUGAAUAUGAAGGCUCUGAUGUUGAGGUCGUGGGACCAGAACUGGAAGAUGCCAUAGAGAAUCUGGACUCUACCAGUAGGUCAGACCUAAAUAGUGGAGAUAGAGAUAGCAUGGAAUUAAGGACAGAAUCUGAAUCCUUAUUAGCACAUUCAUCUUCCUCAAAGCAGCUACUUUCCAAGAGUAAAGAAGAGAAGCUUCCUCGCCGAAAGCCGGUUGUGAAAGGGAAGGCAGAAAGGUCUCCUAAGAAGAAACUAACUGUGAAAGAAAAAACAGUGAAGGUUCCAAAAUUGACUGUGGGGGGAUCUGCCAAGAGGUUAAAGGUCAAGGAGAAGGCUGUGCUUAACGAUGUGUUCUCAAAAUAUGGGGCAAAAGCUACUUUGGCUACAAAGGAAGAUAGCUAACCAACCAGUAACGAGGCUAUUGUAAAUCUUUUUGAUCGAGAAAAGGAAACCAUAACUAUGAGUAUGAUGUGUAACUGUAAACUGGAAAGUGAAAAUUCAUGAAUGAAAUAUGCUCCUCCCCCUUCUUGCCA